UUCACUUCAGGUUAGGACUCCCACUGGAGUAAGGAGAGAAGGACAGGACAGCGUCUGUCGUUAAAACUCGCAGGAGGAAAACGUCAAAUCACUCGGAUACACUCCUGGAAACAACGACUUUCAGAUCGUUAAACCUGAGCAGCACACCACCCGAAAACCGCGUCGGUUUAUUUUUGGGCCAACGGAUUGAUCCCGGACUGUGUGUGCGCGCGUGUUUUCCUUUGGAUGCACAUACACACACAAACACGCGCGCGCAGUCACACAGGUUGCUAGCGGAGUUAGCCGGGUUUGCUAGCUCGCUGUGGUUAGCUGGGCUUUCCGUCCGCUGGGAGUGAACGCAGAGCGGGGUUAAAGUUUAGAAACAGUGCCCGACAUUUUCCAGACAGAAGGCUGCUGGUUCAGGCAUGAUGUGCGGGUUUUUCGGAGGUUUGUCAAGUUGGCCGGCUGGUAGCAUCGGCUGACUGAAGCCCAGCAUUAGUACCUCGGAUUGGACUCAUGUGUGUUCCCCCCCCCCUUUCUUCCUUUUCUACUGCUGUUUUUAAACAGUUUUUUUUUAAAAGCGGACUUUGCCCUCGGGGUGUUGUAACUCAGCUCCCUAUAUUAAAUAAAAGCCUCAAUUGAGUCUUCUUUUGGAGUUUCUCAAAACUUGGCUGGAAGUUUUUAUUUCUUUCUCUUCAAGGAGGAGGUAAAAAAAAGUUGUUGGGAAGUUGAGAAGGAUUUUUCCAAGCCUGUGGAAAAAAUGGAUGCGGGAAUAGAGAAAGAAUGCAGCGCCUUGGGAGGGCUCUUCCAGCUCAUCAUGAACGACAUGAAGGCCAGUUAUCCUACAUGGGAGGACUUUGUAUCCAAAGGAAAUAAACUGCAGUCACAGCUCAGAACGACCAUCGUGGUGACCGGAGCCUUCCUGGAUGCUUUUCAGAAGGUGGCAGACAUGGCGACUGGAACCAGAGGUGCCACCAAGGAGAUAGGCUCAGCGCUAACCAGGAUGUGUAUGAGACACCGGAGCAUCGAGUCCAAACUUAAGCUGUUUACCACGUCCCUCUCAGAAGGUCUCAUCACACCUCUGGAGUUGAAAAUGGAGGAGUGGAAAAAAGUGGCCAGUCAGCUGGAUAAAGACCACGCCAAAGAGUACAAGAAGGCCAGAGCAGACAUCAAGAAGAAAUCUUCAGACACCAUCAAACUGCAGAAGAAGGUGAAGAAAGGGAAGGAUGAAGCUCGGGGACAAUUGGACAACGCGCUGCAGGACGUCAAUGUGCGUUAUGCUGUGCUGGAGGACACCGAGAAGCGAGCUGUGUGCAGAGCACUGAUAGAAGAAAGAGCUCGAUACUGUAGUUUUGUCAGCAUGCUGAAGCCUGUGCUGGACCAUGAGAUCAACAUGCUGGGUGAGGUGACACACCUGCAGACCAUUCUGGAAGAUCUGACAAACUUGACAGCUGAACCCAAUAAACUUCCACCAGCCAGCGAGCAGGUGAUCCUGGACCUUAAAGGUUCUGAUUUCAACUACACCUAUCAGACACCUCCAGCUUCUCCCAGUAACACUCUCUCCAGGAAGAGCAGCAUCAGCAGCUACCAGUCAGGAUCAGUGAGACAUGUUCCCUCUUUGGACUCUAUCAGCUGUGCUGUGGAUGGACUACACAUGCAGCGCUGCUCCUCCCCCUAUCUGCUCACCGGCUGCGAUGAAAACGGUCGAUCUCUCAGCGAAGGGAACUCCCCCUCUCGCCUCGGCCGUCACGGCAGCCGUGGUCGCUAUGGUUACGCAGCUGGCUAUGGCCACCGCCCCGCUCAGAGUCGCCGCUUUAGCCGCAGGGAUUUGAAAACUGAUUCAGUUGGCUCCACCAAUCAGCUGGCCUCUGGGGGAACUGGAGGGGCGGAGAACGGCCUCUUGGCCCCUCCACACAAUGCCUACAUACAUGGAGAGCGAGCUCGCGCCAUGUCUGCAUCUGGAAAGCCCUGCUUGGCCCAGGAUCAGCUGGCAUUGUCACUGGGUGCGUUGAAUUCUGACGCCCCGAGAAGCAGCAGAGAUUCUCUGCACUGUUCCAGCGGCUAUAGCACCCAAACCACCACCCCGUCCUGCUCCGAGGACACUAUACACACCCACACUGUAAAGAGAGAUCCUCCUAUCUAUGUCGACUAUGAGUCCAUCUCUCUCCACGGAGACACUGACUCUAUCUCCUUACAUCACCUCUCCCACGGCAACAGCCAGUCAGAUUUUGACAAGUCAUCGACCAUCCCGAGAAACUCCGACCUCAGAUUCCAGUACCGGGAGUUCAUCCACUCCAAGCGUCCUGCCUCUACUGUCAGCCUAUUGGCUGAGUCCGACUUGAGUGGUGGGUCUAACCGCCAGAUGCCUUCCCACACGGCAACCAUCAGGCGCAAACCUUCAUCUAAGCCGCCUUAUCGCAGAGGAACAAUCAGUGGUGGGGUUCCCAUCCCCAUCUCCACCCCGCAGGUUCCACUCAAAGCCGUCGGCGGAACCAGCGGAAGCGAUGAGAAUGUUUUCAAAGUGCCCUCUUCUGUAGGUUUAGGUCACAGUAAACUCUGCACCUCCACCCAGAGUCUUAGUGCUUUACCACCCUCCUCCUCCCCAUACUACCAGAUUGUCCCAGGACAGAUGCCCAUCCCAGUGCCCGUACCCACUGUUCCUUCGCUGCCAUCUGAGGGAGGGAACAGUGUCAAACAACAGCAACAGAGGCAAUACAGUCAACCACAGCAACAGCACAACCAGCAAUUCCAGAUUCAACAGUUCCAGCAACAGCAACAGAUUCAGCAGCAACAGUUCCAGCAGCAGCAACAGAUUCAGCAGCAACAGUUCCAGCAAUGGCAGCAGCAGCAACAGAUUCAGCAGCAACAGUUUCAACAUCAGCAGCUACUGCAGUUCCAACAGCCCCAGAUUCAGCAAGCCCAGCAGCUGCAGCAUCAGCAUGAUCAGUAUCAGCUGCAGUUGAACCAGCAGCAGAAACAGAAGCUGUUCCAGCAGCAGCAACAGCAGCACCAGGCCUACACUACUCAGGCAGAGCCCUCUGGUGUGCCCAACAACAUCAACUACCAGCCCCAGGCUCCUCCACCCACCAGCCAGGACCAAAACCCUGAGCAGGUCACCCAAGAAGAAGAAGAAGAUGGAGGAGGCAGCAGAAACAUGUUGACCCUUAUUAGAGGAGUAAAGCUCAGAAGGACCAUCACCAAUGAUCGCUCUGCCCCUCUCCUACCCCCUCCAACCAAUCACAAAUGAGGCUGACCAGCAGAUUUUUAUUUCUCUGCUAAACUGUUAAGUUUAGUUUGGUUUCUGAAGAGAUAUCAGAGUGUGUCAGCACAGAGAAAACUCAAACACACUUUGAAAGUGUCGACAGAUUGAUUUUUUUCGCUGGAACUCAACAUUGCUUGUUUUAUUUUAUAAAUUUACUUGAUUGCCCUUUUAAAUUUAUGUUUUAAGCAUUUUUGAGACUUUUCUGUUGUUGCAGUGACCGUCUUUUUGCCUUUUUUUUCAUGCAUUUUGAUUGUGGAUAAAGUUUUUGUGUGACUCAGUCUUACAGAAAGAACUUUUGAUUUGAUUAUUUUAGUUGGUACUCACUUCCUGGUCAGAAAAUGUAAUUAGGCAGAACAGGAAGCUGUUAGCGUCUUCGGCCUGGCUGUGUUUGAUUUGCUUUCUGCCUAGUCUCCCAGGAUGGUGGGGUUUAUCAGUAGUUCGGUGGACUCACAGUGGUUGAACCAUGAUCGUGGAGUUUCGAAUUUACUGACUCGGGGUCAGUGGUUGUCUGGUGUAUUUGAUCUGAGUAUUUAGUUGGUUUCUGGUCAUCUCAAAGAGCCAAAUGCUAACACUCGUGACUCUGCAUCUGGCUUUAGAUUUAAAUAAGGUAGAACAAGAAAGAGUUUGAGGACACAAGGA